AUGAAAAAAUAUAACAAAAAAAAUCAAAAAUUUAUUGAUACUUUAUAUGAAAUUUUUUUACCUAAAGGAUAUCCUACUUCAGUAACUGGAGAUUAUUUAGAAUAUCAAUUUUGGGAUUCUUUGCAAGCUUUUGCAUCAUCAAUGAAUGGAGCCCUGGCUACACAGGCAAUUUUAAAAGGCGUUGGUGUAGGUAAUGAGAAAGCUACAGCUUUGGCUGCUACAAUAACAUGGCUUUUAAAAGAUGGUUCAGGAAUGAUUGGAAGAAUUUUAUUUGCUUGGAAAAAAGGCACAGAUUUAGAUAGAUACUCUAAAACAUGGAGACUACUAGCUGACAUUUUAAAUGAUAUAUCAUUUUUUAUAGAUAUAUUUUCAUCAUGGAUAACAUAUUAUCCUUUAUUUUUUUCGUUUCUUUGUUUUUCAUCUAUAUUAAAAUCAAUUGUUGGAGUUGCUGGUGGUGUUACCAGAACAGUAGUAGUACAACAUCAAGCAAUAAAAGAUAAUAUAGCAGAUGUUUCUGCUAAAGAUGGAAGUCAAGAAACUUUGCUUAAUCUUGUAUCACUUAUUAGUAGCUUAAUGUUGUUACCAUUAGUACAUGAAAACGAAAUAUUAAUAUGGAUAUCAUUUGUUAUUUUAACAUUUAUUCAUUUAUUUUCUAACUAUAACGCUGUAAAGUCGCUAAAAUUUUCUGUUUUUAAUCAAGAAACAUAUCAUAUUGUAGUGAAGGAAUACAUAAAUGGAAAUCUUCAAAAUCUUAAUAUAAAUUUUAUUAAUAAAGAAGAACCUUUGUUUAAAUCUCAUAUUACUAAAAAAAGAUAUUUAGGAUAUAAUUUAAACAAUGAUAUAGCUAAGAAAGAAAAAUAUUUAUCUUAUGAAGGCAAAGAUUAUACAAUAUUUUAUCAAGAAAACGAAAUAUUUAUUAACUUUAAAGAAACAUCAACUGUUACAUCUGAGUUUCAUGCAUUGUUCGUACUUGAAUAUUAUCUACAAACAAAUGAAUAUCCAAAAAAUAGUUCCUUUGAUAAUUUUAUACAUGAAUUACAAAUAAAUAAAUGGAAUCUAACAAGACAUCAUUUUGCCAUUGAAAAAAAUGACGAUGAUGUUAAAGAUUGUUUUAUUUUAACCGGCGCAUAA